GAGGGAGAGAAGGGUGGAGGGUAGACAGAGAGAGUGAUACUGCCUCUCAUUGUGUUCCCUCUGAGUGGAAAGAGAACAAGUUGAGAGGAAAGAAAGAAGUCAGGAACACACUGGAUGUAAAGACGUGAGGCAGAGAGGUAUUUGGUCCACGGUUUUGGUUUUUGGUCUUUACGUGGAGAUGAAGCUUCUUCUCAGAGCUCUGAGUGCUCUGCUCUGCUGCUCGCUGUCCUCCUCACACACGCUGGAUCCUGCUGGGAAGAACGUCUGCCGCGACAUCAGGAACCCCUCCGUCCUGGUCUGUUGCACUGGAUGGCGUCAAGAGGGAAAGGAGUGCACUAUACCUGUGUGUGAGGGUGAGCAGUCCUGCCUUAAGAAUGAGAUCUGUGUGUAUCCCGGAGUGUGUCGCUGCCCACCUGGCUACUAUGGAGCACACUGUAAAACAAGCUGUCCUCCUGAGUUCUGGGCUGCAGACUGUCGCCAAGUGUGUCCGUGCCACCCACACGGCCUCUGUGACCACCUCACCGGUAAGUGCACCUGCAACCCCAACCGCUGGGGUCCGCUGUGCCAGUACACCUGCGAGUGCAACCAGCACGGCCACUGCCACCCCGUCCACGGAAACUGCGUCUGUGACAAGGGCUGGUGGACACCGACCUGCUCCAAGCCGUGCCAGUGCGUCAGCAGGGGAUCUGUGGGCCCCGGCUGCGACCAGUUAACGGGCCGGUGCCAGUGCCAUAGGGGCCACUGGGGGCUGAAAUGUCCUGUCAGUUGCAACUGCUACCUGUCGCCGUGUAAUCAGCGCACCGGUGUGUGCGAUUGUGAGGCAGGCUGGUGGGGACCCAGCUGUGACCGGCGAUGUAACUGUGACCUUGCACACAGCAGCUGUGACCCGACCAACGGGCAGUGCCUGUGCCACGCAGGGUACCAGGGACCCUUCUGCAACCAGCCCUGUGAAGCUGGAAAGUAUGGCAGUGGUUGUAAAAUGAGCUGUGGUUUCUGUAAAAAUAACCAGGUCUGCUCUGCUACUGAUGGUGCCUGUGAUGCCUGCGAGCCCGGCUGGAACGGUACACAGUGCGACCGCCCGUGCCCCUCUGGUUAUUAUGGUGACAGCUGCCAGAGGAAGUGUCCGCGUUGCAGGAGCAAUGAACCAUGUGACCCAAAAACUGGGAAAUGUUGGAGGUGUGACCCUGGAUGGACUGGAUCCAGGUGUGAGGAGGCCUGCUCUAACAGGACGUUUGGAGACGCCUGCAGCUUCCUGUGUAGCCCUUGUUUCCAUGGUAACUGCCAUCACGUGACAGGAAGAUGUGUCUGUCAGCCAGGCUUUCAGGGCGAGAGCUGUAACAGCAGCUGCCCUGCCCUGCAGUACGGCUUCAACUGUUCCUCUGCAUGUGACUGUGGUGAGGGGGUCCAGUGCAACAAAGUCACUGGCGUCUGCCCCUACAGUGUCAGAGGUUCUGUCCUGGCAGGUGUGCUGGUUCCUUUGUUCCUGUUGCUCCUUGCUGUGCUCUGCUGCUGUUUGUGUUGUGGAGGAGGCCCUGAUGAUGGCAAAGACAGGGCAACUGUGGCUGAUGGAGGCUUGUUGGUUCGGAUGAAAUAUCACGUCUACAGCGUCCUGGCUAACAUCGGUGCUGCACUUCCCUGUAUCUCUGACUGGUCCUCUGGCCUGCCUCGUGUUACAGUAUCCCACCAUGACCCAGAGCUUACGUUCAACCACAGCUUCAUUGAGCCUCCGUCUUCUGGCUGGGUGACAGAGGGAUCGUCCUUUGACAGUGACGAGGAGGAGGGGGAGGCGCUCUACUGUGUCCCACCAAGAGAAGACAUCCCAGCGGUGGCGGGGGGCGAGUUCCAGGAGAUGAGCUCAAAGUGUAACAUGUUCUUAGACCCAUCUGGCUUCAGCAGUGAGGACAUCACCUCGCCCUUCAACAUCCCUCGCACCUCCAGCAUCGCCAAGUCCAAGCGGCCGUCUGUUUCUUUUGCCGAGGGAACCCGCUUCAGCCCCAAGGAGAGGCGUGGCUCGGGUCAGGACCCCGCCGCUCUCCCAGGGCACCAACGCAACAAACCCAAGUCACCCUGGGGGGUUUUGAUGCAUUCUGCCCUUCAAGGUCAGGGAGGUGCAGCUAGAACUGGGGAGGAAGAUGGAGCUGAGGGUGAGGAGAGGGAAGAUGAAGUAGAUGUGCAGGUGACAGACAAUCAAGAAUCAAGCUGUGAGAUAGGGGAUCAGGAAGUAGACAGAACCCCAUCCCGGGCCACCCUGCAGGUCCCUGGGGCAUCAGGACGAAGACGGACUAUGUCUAACACAGCAGCUCACAAGGGGACUCAGCUGCCAACAUCUGCCUCAGAUGCUCAGGCAGGGGUCUCAGAAAAGGUCACAACAGUGUACGUGACGGUGGGUAAGGCAGGUAGGCCUGUGUCGAAGACGGAGUCGAGCUCCGAAGGCCCCGUUCAGGCCAUGCUACGUCGGCUCGGCAGCCUCCAGAGACAAAGGGAGCAGGAGUCCAGCAGGCCCAAACCUAAAGCAGCUGAGGGGAUCACCAAACCACCCAGGAAGAAACUCGGAGCUCGGGCGAGUGUGUGGGAGCAGGGAGGUCCGUCUGGAGGGGAGGUGGGCGUAUGUAAGCCAAUCAGGAGAAAGCAUGCUUCGCUCAACGCCCCUGACACAGGUGGUGUCAGUGACACUCCAUCAUCAGAGAGCGGCACUCCAAAACGGCCACUAUCGUCCAUUUUGAAGAGCGUGCCAGAGGUGGCUUCGGCUGACUGUGGGUCACAUCUGGGGGCUGAUGGAGACACAAGGCAGGGUGGCGACCCCAGCGCAGGAAGGAUUGAGAGCAGCUACCUGACUGUGGGACCCGUAGGAGAUGCUGCGAGUGUCAUCGAGGUCAUCGCCAAUGAGGGUGCAGAGCCCUGUUACGAAAACGUCAUGAUUCAACACUCGUAACCUCUGAGACACUAAUAUGUCAGCAGGUCUGAUCCAAACACAAAUGCGUAUGUAUUAUUCUGCAGUUAUAAGGUUACAGGCAGAAACCUCGUCACUGCUCUAAAUCUGAGUAAAUAACAGGUCUGUGUUUUGAAUUCUGUUAUUUGCUACAAAGUUAUGUACACACGAAUACAGCGUUUGUGAUAAAGACAAUAUUAACGUAAAUUCUAUGGACUAUAGAUGGGAUUUAUAUUUUAGGCUGAAAGAUAAAUGAAACAAAAAAUUACACAACAUCAGGUGUGAUAUUCAAGUUUUAUAUGAACACGAGUACUGAGACAGUUGAGCAGUAAUUGUUUUUAUUUGCUCCAGUGAUGCACAAUGUACUAACUGUAUACAUACAAGUACUGUAAUAUCUGAGCUCAGAGAGGAUAAAUGACUACAUUCACGCUGCAAGCUCAGUGCUCAGUUUGCAUUUACUGCUCACAUCUGAUUUUUUUUGUUUGACUGUUCACAUUGUUUUUAAAUGUGGCCAAAUACCAGAUUCCAGUGUGUCAUAUGACGGCAUGCAGCAUGCUGUUAUACAGAAGUAAACAUGGAGGCCACUGAAGUCAGCUUUUGUGGCUUCAUUUAAAAAGCUGAUGUGCAGCGCAAGUAAAUUUGUGAGCGAAUGAUAAUGAGGAUAAGGAGAAAGAGCCAAAGCUUUCAUUCUGGCUUUUUUGCGGAGCACUGGCUGCUACCUCUGUAUGGAGGUGUGUGUGGAUGCAGAGUCAGCGACAGGAGUGGUGGGAUCGACACUUCUGUGUUUCUGUGACUGGUUUCAUGGAAACACAUUACAUGCUCCUUUUAAUGACAUUUAGUGCCGCUCCACAAGACUCUCAUGACAAGACACUCAGUUUAGGCGAGCGAGUGUAAAAGUCACAUGAAUUCCACUGUGACUGUUCAGACUGAGGUCGUGCUGCAAAAAAUCUGAUUUUGGACCGCAUAUGAAAGUGGCCCACAUGACUGAAAAGAUCAGAUUCCAUGUGAUUCGUGCUGUUCACACCGUCUUAAAAAACCUCAAACAGAUUCGAGUCACGUAAAAACAGAUUUGGACUGGUUUGGGCCUCUUGUGUCUGCAGUGUGAAUGUAGAAAAAGACUGAAAUGAAAUGAUUUUGAACAUCCAGGUUGUUCCAGGAAGGCAAGAGAAAACAAUGGCAUGAAAAUAUCAUAGUUGUUGUUCAUAGUAAAGCAACAAUAACUCUUUAUUCAAACAAAAUCAGGCAGAAUUUAAACCUGAGGAUAAGAUUUGAGUCUGCUGCUGGGCUGGACUGAUACUUUUACUUGCCUUGGAUGAAAAUACAAACAAGAACAGACGGUAACAAGUUGUGAAUAUGCACUCAAGUGUGACUCACUGUGGAACAGCACACAGUGCAGCCUGUAGAAAUCUGUGAAAAAACACUAAAAUUCAGUGCCCUCGAGCAUGAACCCGGCUGUCUGCUGUGACAGUCACACAAUGCUGCUGAUGCUGCUACAUUAUUGCAAAUUUAGGGUUUUUUCUUCUCAUUCGCUGUCCAGUGCACAUGUGUAUGACCAUAAGUCAUGAGUUAAAGCAUGAAACCUCCAUCAUGUCAUGAGUGUUUUACAUUUUCAUAUUUAGUGUAUACAUGUUGACAAUUAUUCAUGAAAAUAAACAUUUUGUAAUGUGUAGAUAGCAUCACUGAAUGACUGUCUGUGUGGAUCCCUGAAUGUUUGCAACACAGUGGUGGAAGAGGUACCCAUAUCUUUAACCAAUACCACUCUGCAAAAAUACUCAAUUACAAGUAAAGGUCCUGCAUUCAAAAUGAGUACAAAAGUACUAUCAGCAAAAUGUAUCAAAAGUAUAGCAUUAUGAGUUGAUAUAGAUUGUAUAUAUUGUAUGUAAAAUCAUGAAGUAAGCUGUAUUUAUAGUAUUCUGAUAAAAGCAAUGGAGUAAAAAGUUCCCUCCACAUUGUAGUUGGAGUAGAAGAAUCAAGCAGCAAUAAAAAUGGAGCCUCUUCUCAGUGUAGUUGUGUUUGAUAAGUCAGGUCAGUUUAUGUUGA